CAAUUACAGGCCUCCCUAAUCUUUUCAAGUAGGUGAACUUGCACAAUUGGUGGUUGACUAAAUACUUAUUGGCCCCACUGUAUACUCAGGUGUGACUUGAAGUUGGAAAAGUACGGUACUUCUUUAUAGGUUUUGUUGAAAUCAGUUCUCUCCCAGUCGCACUUAGGUCAUCAUGUAAUCAUAGUUUUCACUUAUUCAGAUAUUUUUGUGCAAUUUUGUGCGUCGCCGCUUGACUUAUGGUCUUUCAAUAGUAAUCUGAUCAUCGUCAUAUAGCUCCUUACUAGUCGUCUACAGGUGGUUUCGUGUGGUUUUUGUCGUUGGUGCCGCCUCCGUCACUUGCAUGUGGUUUCCUGUCUAUCGAUGUGAAGCUCUAGCAAAGAGUUUCCCGCCAAGACGGCGGAGGCCCAUUGGCCGAGUGUAGGAGGAGGAGGCGAGAGCGAAUCGUCACCUGAGCGGACGUCGAAGAGCCGACCGGACGAGAUCUGCUCCGAUACAGAGCGUCGACGCUUCCGAUCACGCGGCCGGCAAGGCCCUCCGCACUGAUAGUGACCCCGGAUGGUUGCCUAAGACGCCGAGAAGACACUCCGCGCCCAAAAAGGUUGCCAUGAACACCGAAGGGGAUGCAUCUCUGCUUUUUGGGGCGAUGGCGUCAGCUGCCGCGUUGGCCAGCGGUGUGCUUCUGGCUUUACUAUGCCUGCGCUGCAGGAAACAUAGACCGCCCGUUUCUAUCCGGGAAGCGACCGAAAGUGACGAGUACAUCGAUUCGGCCCGGUUCUGGCUGGUCCACCGACAUCAGCCGACACCUCGCAUAACCGCCGACCUGACCAUGUCACCUUUCGUUUCAGCUUUGGCCGGCAGCAGUCAGCGCAGCAGAAUAUCCCAAAGAGAGCCUGCGGAAAGCGACAGUAACCACAGCUACCAGAACUCCCAUGAUGAGGCAGAGGUCCCAGACUCAUGUAGUAGGGACUACUUAAUCGUGUUGCCGCAAGAUGAGUCUUCUGCUCGCCAUCCGAGUGGAGCAUCUACGCCGAGUUCAGGUCGACCGCACGACUACGAGAACGUCGAGAGUUACUGCGCGCCAACAGACGAUAGAGACUACCUGAAUGUGAUUUCGCCGCCUGAACUGGAGACUUCAACGGUGUCAUCCCAAAGUGACGGAGAUGAAGAGGACUACAGCAAUGUUGACGGCGAGGGAAACUACGUCAAUCAAGCAAGCGUAGAGCAGGUGCAAUUCAGUUCUGGAAGCUUCCUGCCCGAAUGUCAGCCAGUCGAUAGACACUUACGGGUGAUAUCAUCAAGCCCGCAGCGUGAUUGGAUGGGAUGAAGGGGUGGAGCUUGAAAAAAAAAAAAAAGGCGGGACAGACCAAUUCACUUUUUCUUUGUUUCUGUUGAACUGACGAUUCCUGAGAAUGUUUUCAUCCACACUAGUCUGAUUAUAAAGAAAAUAAACUUUUUUUUUUUCAAUUGAAUGAAGAGCUAACGGGAUUUUAGUCAAAUUUUGUGAGCGUGUUAGUUGGAGUGACAAGUGCAAUAGCGUACCGCACGAAUCCUAUUUUUAGACCGUGACGUCCCCAUCGUAGCGCGGAAGUUGGACAUUAUACACACGCCCUCGUCCAUUAUCCUUAUAUCCAUUAUAUUUGUUUGUUUUCUCCGGUGAUCUUUCAAAAACCAACAUGCCGAUCAAACACUGCUGAUAUGGAAAUUGUAGAAGCGACUCUAGACAUUACGACAAAUGAAGGAUGUUUUCUUCAUAUGUUUCCCGAAACCAAAAACUCGGAGGAAAAAAUGUGAAGAAUGGAUCAACUUGCACGGGCAUCCAAAAGAGCAGUUUAAUACCAGCAAGGUGAAGCCAUUCACAUUUCAUAUGCAGUAAACAUUUUGUUGGGGGGCAUGGUCCUUCAGAAGACGGAAGAGGUAAGCCAUUUUGAUAUUUUUACUUACUUUUUAGCGUGGCGUUUUGCCCUGCUUCUUUUGACUUGACAAUGAAUGACCUGAAAAAAAUUAAAAUGGUAUCUGACUGCCACUGUUACCUUUCCUGCUGUAAAAAACAACUUUAGUAAGGGGGAAGUGUAAAUAAUUUAUAGAACUAAGAUUUGUUAUUAAUGAAAAAAUUAAAAGUGUUCGUUGGCUGUCACAGAGUAGCAUUUGCGAUUGCUACACAAAAAUAGCAAUGUAAGUUGCCCCCAAGAACGAUGAGACGUAAGACAACCAGAGAAUAUAAUAUAUAAGAAAAACAGGGCAUAUGGUGGUAAUGGCUAGAUUGUUGAAACAGGAGAAUGUCAUUGUCAGUGGCGUAAGAAAAAGGAGUCGAUAAAAAAGCUAAGGCUAAGCUUAGGUCGGCUCAGCUCUUUUUCCCCAUCUUUUUCAGCCGUCGACACUCAAGCCAUCUCUUCAACAGAACAUUUGUAUGUUCUUCCACAUCAUUACCAGUGAAUUUGGCACCAGGGACAUCAUUUUCGGACAGAAUUGGUAGGUUUCGCUCAGUAAACAUUUCGUACACUAUUUCCAUUCAUUUACCAUUGGGGACAAACGGGAGGUUGACCUGCCUAGCCAUAAUUGCUAACGUCAUGAAUAUUAAUGCGCAAAAGUGACGUGUUGCUUGCGGUACGCCAUUGGGGGAGAACAGGUCGUCACAUUCGGCAUCACUCGACCACCAGAGGGCGAUGUUGCACAAUAUCAGUACAGGUAGUCCUGUAAUAAACUGGACAUCUUACUGACAAACUAAUUUAAAUUCACAACAAGGAUAAAAAGAGCCAAAUGCUUGGACACCUGCCAUCAUCAGUUGCGCUGUUAAUGUGGAGUUUGCG